CACCUUCGUCGACAACCGCAAAGUUCAGUCAGCUCCCCCCUCCCCUUAAAAAAAAAAAAAAUCUAUACCAAAACAAGAUGAAAUUAAUCGCUGCUCUAUUAUUGGUGGCCAUCUUGUGCUCCAUCGGCGGAGAGGCUCGCAAAGGUAAAGGAAGAGGCGGAAUGCAGCAAUCGUACGGCGGAGGAGGCCAACAGCAAUCUUACGGCGCGUCGUCGAUGCAACAUCGAGCCCCGAUGCAAAGCAAAGGCAAAAGUAAAAGCAAAGGUCAACAACAGCCAAUGAGUCACGGACGACCGGCGGCAGCAGCUAGGCCCAUGAUGUCUUCGUAUGGCGGCGGAUCGGCAGCACCGCAACAGAUGUCGGGAUCGUAUGGAUCAUCGGUUCCAAGUAUGGCCAUGCCUCCUCAACAACCUAAACCAUCCGCUCAAUCGUCUUACGGCGGCGGCAGCGCUGGCGGAAUGGCCGCACCGGUGGCUCCAGUUGCCGCUCGUCCACCAGCUCCAAUGUCUUCGUCCUAUUAAAAAUGCAAGAACUGAUCAUUAAUCGAGACGAACGUGUAAUUCUUCGAUGGGAUCCAACACGCGGAUGUCAUUGACCAUUCAUCCAGAAACACUAGGAGAACCCUUAAUUUUAAAUUUUUUAUUAACGGGAAACAAUGGAAGGUUCUUUUUUAAAAUUAUUAUUAUAAAAAGAGAAGGUGCCACUAUUCAUCUAUAGAAUCGUAUUUAAUGUCACCUAUUGCGUGUAGGGUCACAAAGAAAUGGUUUGUUUGGUUUUUUGCAUUCUAAUUUCUCGUAUGAAUUAUGUUAAGCAUUGGAUGUUAUCCAUAUUUCUGCCUAUAAUCACAUGCUAAUUAGAAUGAAAAAAAUAAUAAUAUUUAUCAAAUAAUACAACAACAACAAAAUAAAUUUUUUAAAUGUC